CUUUUCAUAUUUAAAUUUCAAAUUCCAAUUCCUUUUCUAUAUAAUAAUUCCAUACCAUUCUUCUCGCUGAAGCAAAUCUCCAUUCCUUUCCCUUCCUUCCCACCUUUUCUUUCUCCUUUACGCCAUCCCUUGAAUCUAGUGUUCCCUUGAUCAAUAAUUUCGCUCCAUCUCCACGUGUCCAUACGUCACUGGCCCACGCCGUCUUCUCGCUCAUCUCUAGGUCAGCUUUCUCUCUCUACUUUUCCCUUUCUACGCUUUUUCAACCGCCUUUCGUUUCCUCUGUGAGAUCUUCUUCUCUCUCUACGCUGCAUUUAUCAAGCUUUAUUUAGAUCUGAGAGACAUUGCUAAUCAUUUUGUUAGCAGGUCGAGAAAAAAAGAAAUCUUUUUGCAAUGGCGAAAUUCCAAACACUCUCAUUUCUGUUAGGGCUUGUUUUGCUGCAACUCACUGUAUCUGCAGAUCCACCGAAGAUUUCACCGGCUCCAGCUCCGGCUCCGCUGAGCGCCGGAAAAUCUCCGUCUCCGUCUCCAUAUCCGGCUCCGGCUCCAGCUCCGCGACUCGCCGCAAAAUCUCCGUCUCCAUUGUCUCUGUCGCCAGAAGCCAGAUCUCCGGUGAGUCCCUCGCCUUCGACGGGAAUAAGUUCUCCUCCGGCGCCUCCGCCGUCUGUUCCUGGUCCUGGUUCGUCUCCAACGCCGUCGCUGGCACCUUCUCCGGCGAAUACUUCACCGGCUCCGGUUCCGUCGCCGAUUAAUGACCACAUUGUUAGCGUCAAGAAUGCUAUGAAUGCGGAUGCUGGGGAAGCGGAGUCGUCCGGUGGAGCGAAAGGUGGACAUACGGCUGGGAUGGUGUUCGGAGUGAUCGCCGCCGCAUGUCUCGUCGGGUUUGGCGGGUUGGUGUACAAGAAACGGCAGGAUAACAUCCGGCGUGCUCAGUUCGGGUACACUGCCAGGAGAGACCUUCUCUAGAUAUAGUAUAUAUAUAAUCUCUCAGUAUAUGAGUAUAUGAAUCUUUUGUUACGAUAUAUAGAGUUAUUAUACGUUGAUCUUGGGAUGGUGAUUUGUUUGAUUCGUUAGUGAUAAUAAAUAUUGAAUAAUAUCUUUUAGAAUCUACUAUUUUUAUUUACACAUUAUUGGAUGGUUAUUUGUUUGAUUCUUUAGAGCUAAUAAAUAUUAAAUGUUUUUGUUUUUUUUAUCGACA